UGUAAGGGGGAAUAUAAGGGGGGGCAGGGGAGUUGGGAGCCCAUAGCACAGCGACUCCCUCACUGACCAUGGCUGCACUGUACGUCUCCCUGCUACUGGCUGCUCUCUGCAUUGGCACAGCUGUGCCCCUGCAGUGCUACACGUGUAUGGGUUACCCCGUCAACUGCCUGACCCCAACCGACUGCAGAUCAUACGGCUUAUACUGUCAGACUAUUGUUACUUCUGAUUGGGGUUUUAGAGGCGUUGUUAAAUUCUGCGCCCCCAGCUGCACCCCAGGAAACAUCAGUACUGGCACGGGCACCAUUUCCACUUUCUGCUGCAGAACCAACCUGUGCAACGUCAGCGGCGCCACUGGGGUAAAAUACAGUUACCCUGCUCUGGGGCUGUCCCUCGGGUUCCUAUUGGUCCUGCUGAGAAGCUCCGCCCUGUGACCCCCCCAAGCUGUGGGCAGAUAUGAGCAUUAUUGCCCCGUGUAUCCCGCUGAUAUUAAUAAACAUAAUAUGGAGUAAAA